UCUUUUUACUUGACUCAAACAAGCCUAUGCAAUAUGCCUACCACAUUCAACAAAAAAAGAAAAACCAAAAACCCCACAAUCAUUUUCACUCAAAUUUCCAAUGAAACCUUCCUCUUCUUCAGCCAUGGGCAUCAUUUCCCACUCUCGCACUUCACCACACAUAAACAGAGAAGACACAUGUGGAGGGUCUCCAGUUGGGGGAAAGAAAUUGAACCCAAGAACGUGAUGAACAGGUGAAGAAAUUCCUAUUUUAUUGAUGUAACUUUCAACUUUUGCCAACGGCGGAAUAGUGUGAUUGUUUUUUGUUUCUUGUUUUCCUUUGUUUUUUUCAAAUUUUCUUUUUGUUUGAUUUCGGACAUCGAGGAAUUCUUUUGCUUGAUUGUUGGGAAAGUAAAAGGAUGCUUGAGUGUGGGGACUUAGAUAGGAAAGAAAAGGGGAAAAUAUAUGCUUCAAUCUAUUUUCAACCUCUUCUUUAUUGAGUUUUCUUUUCAUGGGGCCCUUCACUUUUUCAAAAAAAAAAAAAAAGUCUUACAUGGAAUUGGGAACUUGGUUUUCCUCUCUUUUUCUGUUGUGCCCUUUUGGAUGAAAUUAAAUUUAUUGUCUAUUUAGUGAAGAAAGUAAUGAACCGCAUCUCAAACCCCAUCAAAUCUUGUUCUGAUGAGCCAUUUGUCUUCCUAUGAUUUAUGAUUCUUUUUAUCAGUAAGUUUCUAGGUCAGCAUCAACUUAUCGCACAGGACACUGUAAUAUUUGGAUGUUAAGAAAAUUUAUAAGACGUUAAAUUCUAAGUAGGUGGUCACAUGAGUUGAACCAUGACCUCUUAGCUCUAAAGAGUGUUUGGUUUCCUUUCUUUGCUUGUUCUAGCUUUCGAAGAGUGGGGCAAAUUUUGUUCUAUUUGUGUGACUUUUCGUGGCCUGGUGUUAGGCACUUUAUGUGCUUGAACCGCAGUCAACAAACAGAUGAUUCUCUUAACCAUUUGGGUCAGUUUUCUAGCCGAAACAAAUGUAUGUUGUUUAAAAUUUACUAGUCGGUUUUAAACUAAUAAGAUUUCAAUGUCUUUAUCAGACAUGGUGAUUGUUCUGUUGACAAAAAGAUCUUCAAUCAAUGCAUUUUAGGCAGAAGAACCGCAUAUGUGUUGUAAUUAUUACAGUUUUCUUUUCCACAACACUUUGAUUUCUUUGGUAUGGACAGAAGUCUUUGAUUAACAUUUUUGAUUCCUUCAUAUCAGGUGGAUUGUAAACUUGUAAUGGAGUAAAAUAUCACAAUAUCUUUAUAAAAAAAUUAACAUAAAAAAUGUAAUAAAAUAAAACUGGUUUUUAAGUACAGGUUAUCCGUACAAAAACCCCUCAAUAGACUUGGGGAGGAAUGAUGGAGGAAAGAGAUGCAAAAUGCCUCAGAGUCCAAUUUAGAUUUAAAUUUUUUCUCUUACAUUUUAUCCCUUAAAUUUUCAAAACAAAAAGAGUAUAUUUUUAAAUGCUUAAAUUGCAAAAAUUUUCCCUUGGUUAAGAAAUUUCUUACCCUUUGUACCCUUGUUUGGUGACAUUCUCUAAAAGAUCCUGUGUUCAAGCCCUAAAAACAACUUAAAAUCAAUGAAGAUAAAUUUGAAAACAUUGGUAGUAAUCUUCAAGUUUUGGCUGAGAUGUUUGGAGAUACCCUCCGAUGUCUCGAGGACUAGAAAACUUAAUAACGUGAAAGUCUUCUUUGUCUUUUAAAGCUAGCUUUCGGGGAGGCAAAGCCUCUCUAAAGAUUAGUGGGAGGUGAGCAUAUGCACAACAUGAGUGGAGCCCACAAUACCCAGUUGUUAAAAAAUUAAAUUAAAGUAAUAAAGAAAAAACUGAUGGUAUGGUUUAAUUACUUUAACACAUUAAACUUGCAGGUGGUACAGCAAAUGGCUUUAGUGUUUCUGACAAAAGUUAUGGGUUCCUCUCAACAGACUACGUGAAGAGGAGAGAUAUAUGAGGAAUAAUUGUGGUCUACAUCACAUUCUUUCCUACCUCUGCUCUUUUUUGCUACCAAACCAUUUUCUUUCUUCUCUUGAAUUAUAUGGAUAUGCUUGUGCUUGGUACAGCAUAGCUGUAAGGUGUCUUGUUUUUUCGUGACAGGUUAGCUAUGGAAUUGGAAGUAUUGGAUGCAAACUAUCCUUCAAAACUAAAUAAAAAUUUUAGAUGGCUUUAAGAGACUGAGUAGCUUAUAACAGAUGGUUUUCAUCGUUUUUGAUAUCGUGUCAUCAAAAUAUAACUAACUGCCAUCACAGAGGAUCUUGGACUUCUUCAUCCUCGUCCAUUGGUUUCCAUCGGAUUCAAAUAAAGAAAAUGCUGAGAAAAUCAGUUUCUUUUCCGGGCUAAGGGGCCAUCAGCAUUACAUUCUUAUGUAGAACCCAUUUUCAUCAGCAUCAUUUUUGUUCCAAGCAAAGCAUUCAGUUGAAAAAGAUUAAAACCACUACCAGAAAGUUAAAGGAAGAAGCUGCAGUGCUUACAAAAUAUCAGAAGAGGUAUGAGUGAGAUUGGGUCUGAAAGAUCAAAGUCAUGGAACAUUUACACAACUCCAGACCAAAGCCCAUCAUCUCAGACCGGCAUUGGUCAAGAAGCUCCUUGGAAGAACUUUGGAUCAUCCAUGAAUGCCAUUUCCUUUGGCUUUGUUGCCACUGCAAUCUUGAUAUCAAUGUUCCUUGUCAUGGCCAUCUUUGAGCAUCUGUUUAGACCAAGUUCUCCCUUCUCCUCAUCUGAUGAAGUUACCAACAACUCAGAGUCAACUCCAGCUGAGAAAUUCGCAAGUCCAAAUACGGUGUCAACAUCAUAUGCAUCUGAUUUCUCAGUGUUGAUGCCAGGUCAGCACAUUCCCACCUUCAUUGCACAACCAGCUCCUCUGCCAUGUCAGAGAGAGGGAAUUUAUUGGCCAUCUCAUCACCAUAAUUUUUCAGGUCCUUGAAGCAAAUAGUUUCAUGUUUGUUGUUGCCUCCAUUGAAAGCUGUUGCUGCAUUUAGGAAAACUAUCAGCUUUGCUUCUUCUUAGAAUAAUAAUAAUAAUACUUGUGCUUCUUCACCCACAGGGAGAUUUGCUCAAAUGCUUAUACUUCUUCUUCCUUUUUUUCUUUCUGGGUUGCAUCUGUAAAUUGAUUGUCAAAGAAGUUCCAAGUAUUUACAUGAGUUUACUUGUUCCAUAAAGAUUUGAGUAUAAAAUCGCUUCACUUUUGUAAGACUGAUUCAAGCUACUUUCAAAUGUUAUACUCCAGACUUUUU